GGCGAAUAGGACUGGGGACACCAAAAGAAAGACGUAGCUUUAUCAUCAUAUAGAUGAGGGAAUGCACGAGUGGUCGACAAUGUAGCUCACGCACUCAAGUGCAGCGCUGCACUCUGCCACACCGACACACACACACACCCAACGAAAGAAGCACGAGAAUGCACAGACGCACGCACGCACACAGAUCCCGAAACAGCGAAGGGCGUUCGGUUCAAUUGGCGUAUACAAAUCGCCAAUCGUCGCAAUUUCCCGCCCGCCAUGUACGUAUGUCUGGCCGGCGCGAACAUUGUGCUGACGCAGCACAUACAUACAUGGCACACGCACCAAAAGGGAUGAAAAUUAAGUGCCCUGGUCGACUCCACCCCCGCCAGCCAGCUGCCCAAAGAAAAAUGAGAGAAACAGCCAACCCUCUCAACAACAGGAAAACCCGAAGAACCAAGGAGAGACAUUCACGUGGUGAGCCGGAGACACCCACAUACAUGGUGAUGCAUACGCUCGUGCAUUCACCGUGCAGCGUGAAAUCCUCCAGCCAGCCGUAGGCCCGCAAGAAAGAGCGGAAGGAAGCACGUUGCCCCUGCAGUGUGGGCAUACGAACAUACCAUACAUACAUCAGGGGAGACUUUGACGUACUCGUCGAAAAUGCAUUCGUGUGUCCGUCCGAGUGUUGUGUUGGUGCGUGCACCCGCACAUGAAUCAUGCAACACCCAGACAGACAGACAGACAGACAGGCCAGUGGACCGAUUCACGGAGGGAAGGACACAAAGCCAGCAGUGCGUGCAGCAUAGACAGACAGAGGGAGAGAGAGAGAGAGAGAGAGAGAGAUGGUCGAAAAUUGACCACCUUGACGCUACACAGCUUUCCCCGUGCCAUCUAUGUAUGCAGCGCCUCCCCGCCCGCCCAAAGUUACUCGGAACAGACAAACCCACAUACACAAAUCCACCGACGGGCGAGGCGAGACGAGACGAGAAAUAAGCUCUGCAGUGACAAGAUGACAGGGAUCGCACACAGACAGACAGACAGACAGGCGAGACGAGAAAUCACAGGGCAGAAAGGCAGGCGCUUGAGCACGCACUCAGCCAGCCAGUCAGUCAGUCAGUCCCGCAAAAAACACCGUACGUUCACUCACUCACUGACCCAUUCACUCAUUCAUUCAGUCGCAUGCACACACACACGUAUGUUGGUGCCAGCCCAGCCAAGCUCACUAGAAAAGGCGCUGCCUUCCUUGUUCGUUCACCCCACACCCCACAUGUACCGCACCACAUUCAGUCAGUCAGGCGGCGGUGCAUGCGGGUGAGGCCAGGACAGCCGACUUGAUGAACCCUUUCCCCUCGCUGCCCAGCGGCUCCACUUGGUAAUAUACGCAGCCGCUGGGAUGGAAGGGGCUCUUCGGCCACAGGUCGAUGGAGUGCUCGAAGCGCCUCCUCGGGUGCCCAGCCACGACCUCCAAAGUCCGCGGAUCAGACCCAGCGUACACGCGCCACUGAGCCACCUCGGUGGCACCGUUCCAGCUACAUAUACGCACGCAGAAACCAAAGCAGGUCACUCACUCCAACAGAAGGGGUCUUGCCGUGACGUGAUGUGACGUUUUCGCCUCUCUGUGUCUCUUGUCGCCUUGCCUGUAAUGCAGCCGAGGCGGCCGAUCGUCGCUCCACUGCCCCUGGUUCGUGUCAAGCACUAGGAGCGGCGGCCAGCGAGGCUCACCACGCCACUUGUGCUUGCGGGUCCGAUACGAAUUGCCGUCGUUUUCGAGCUGCAUCUCGAGCACAAUCUCUCCCUGACGAGUCACCUCCGUAUAAAAGGGGAGAGGGCCUGUCAGGUUGAGCCCUCCCCAGCCUGCACGCAAUGGAAUGGCGCAAAGACGUGUGGGGGGCCUGCCUUGUUUGUGUCUUCAUCUGCUCACCGAUGGCCAUGUUGCCGUUGCCGAGCCUCUGUGUGGAGCCCAUGAGCAUGCUGUAUCGCCCGUCGCUGUAGUUGAAGACAAGAUGGGCCGUGCGGGUGUCCUCGUCAAUGGCGAACUCCAGGGCACGCGACACCUCGGGGUCGUUCUCCAUCCCGUUAGCAAACAGCGUCAGAGUGUUGGCAUCGGAGAAGCGGACGUCGUGCCUGCAAUCAACCAGCAAGGAACGAAACGAUAAAUAUGAGUGCCAGCUGGCAAGCCGUGUGUGUGUUCCGCGUACUGGUGCGAAAUGGGAGGGUGCAGAGGCGGAUCGAAGGCGAAAUCAUUGAAGUCCGGGUGACGUCCGAACAUGCGCCACAUCACCUCACCCGUUUCUGCAUGCAUUAUGUAUGUAUCUAUGGGCGUCAUUGGAGGCGGCCAUCCUCUCGCUCACUCCCUCACGUACCUCGUGACACUUUGAUGGCACCAGAGACCCGCGGCAGAGAUAGCAGGAGAUGUCCGUCGGGCGUCCCUGAACGAAGACGAAGGAAGACAUCCAGCAAGCAACAAGGUGUGCUUGGCAAUCCGUCUCGUCUCUGUCGUUGUCGCGUGUCUGUCCAUCGGGCCCACGUACAUGACAGCGCAUUCAUGUGCCUGCACGCACGAAAGAGAAGCUCACAUCAACACAGGGGAGACGUGCUUGUCAUGAUAUCAACACACACAUUACAUCAGGUCCCAGUCUCCAUGGUGUUUUGCCUUGUCCUUGGCGGUCCAUCGCAUUAGCUCGUCGGUGGAGAAGUGGUCAAUGGACCGCCAUUCGAAGACCAUGUUGUCUUUAGCCAGCCAAGCAGACAGACAGACAAAGGAAAGCACACACACAAGCCACACGCACGCACACACACACGCUGCAUCACUCACCCGCCUGUCACCGUGUAUGUAUGACUCUUGGAGCUACCUACCCGCGGCGUCGAACUCUUGGACUAUGUGGAAUCGGAGGAAAUCGUCGACUUUGCCGUUGUGGGCCAUACCGGUCGUGUUGACUCUCUCGUGGGCGGUCAUGUAUAGCAAGUAGCCGCCAUCCGACCCGAUCUCGAAGUCGUGGGAGUCUGAUUUUUCAGUCUCGUAGCCGUACGGGGAAUACUCCUUCACCAGCUGAUAGUGCUCAUCGAAGGACUGCCGCACUGAACACACACACGUACACACACACACACACGGGCGCGUGUACAUGUGCAUCUGUAUGUAUGUGCUGUGCUGUGUGUACGUCUGGACCUCUGCCUCCAUCUUGCAUCAGUGACAGGCGUCCGCUGUCGUGUAUUGAGGGCCUCGCGUUGCAGUUCUCGAAGUAGGGUUUGUCGAGCUGGUUGCGGUGCUGCUUGUAGAAAACGAUGUCGCCCCGACUGUCCAGAAGCAACGUGUACGGGUGCCACUUCGCAUUGACUAAACCAAAAGCCGCACACACACACGCACACACACGCACACACACACGCAAAGGACAGGCGUCCACUCCCACGUCGUGUGUGUGUGUGUGUGUGCAAGCAUUUGCUUACCUUCGAGGUCAGGGUUCGUGAACAUGAUGUUUGUGGUCAUGAGAAUGUAUCCGUCGUCCACUUUGCCGGGCUUGGGUGGAACGUUCACGCGGACGUGCGGAAGGGUCGGCGGAAUGGUCCGAUAUCCGCGAUAUCUGAAGGCAACAAGGCCAUGCCAACCAAACCAAUGCAUCCGUAUCGCAUCGCAUCGCAUCGCAUCGCAUCGCGCCAGCAGCAUCAGCAGCAUCACGACGUCCUGCCUGCAUCCUGCCUACCGCCGUCGUGGGUCGAGCGACACCCCGUGCCCAUAAAGCUCUAUGGCCUUGCCGUCCUCGUACAGUGGACCAUAGGCAUGGACGUUAUCGCCACCACUCAUCGGGCGCACUAAGCCGUCAUCAUAGGAGUGAAUAGGUUGCUCCCACGGGGUCCCCGCGAGAGUGAAACCGUCCCUUGAGUAGAGUGGCUCAAAUAGCAGUUCUUCCUGCUGUAUGGACGAGACGCCGAAGGACCACUCCGCCCCCGGUAGGCUCCUUCCGUUGGUGGUGGUGAUGCCGCGGAGUACCUUUACUUCCACGCGGGCGCCCGCUACACACACACACACAGAGAGAGAGAGAGAGAGAGGGAGGAGACGUUGUGAAGACGGAGUCCUUCCCCACGCACCCGGGAGCGUCCCAUAGGGCUCGAAUAUCACCGUUUUUCCGUCCAUCGCCAGCACAAUUUUGCCGUCAUACAAAUCGCCGCUUUCGGCGUUCCUCACUGUGAUUUUGCCGGCGACCGAGUCCGCGUGCACCCUCGGCCCCCUCAAGAUGAUGCUGGUGUGGCGCGAGACCAGGUGAGCCUUUGGUCUGGGGUGGAGGUAGGUGAAGGAGGCGGGCUGAUCACCGGGCUGCCCCUGCAAGCUCCGCAGGUUGCUUUGCCUUUGCACCACCGUGACAUUGGCGGAACAUGCUGAGCGCCACACGAAGAGCAGGACAGGCAAGGUCGCUGGCCAUGGGGCUGCAGGCCCGACCAUCGGAUCCACACACAGCUGGCGGUCGACGAAUGAAGGGAGAGGAAACAGAACAGCAAGAGAGGAAGGCGUUCCCGCCGUACGCCGUGGCCGGAUUUGGCCGUUGAUGUUGGCCGGGGCCCCGCCCGGGUCGACACACAUGUGCGCCACCUGUCCUAGCCACCGAAUGGCGCUCUCCAUCGCCGUUACGACCAUCCUUUC